UCAAUUACGGCGCACUGUCAACUAACAAGAUGGCUGUGGAUUUCGUAGCUACGUAUAAAAUAUUAGUUUUAGGAGAUAGUAAUGUGGGUAAAACUUGUAUAGUUCAUAGAUUUUGUGAUGAAACUUACUAUGAUACAUAUAUUUCCACAAUAGGUAUAGAUUUUAAACAGAAAAUAGUCAACCUUGAUGGUAUGCCAAUUAAACUACAGAUAUGGGAUACAGCUGGUCAAGAAAGGUUUAGAACGUUAACAACUGCCUAUUACAGAGGGGCAAUGGGAAUUCUUGUUAUGUAUGAUGUCACAAACAUGGACUCUUUCAAUCAUCUCUCCUAUUGGUUUCGAAAUGUCGAGGAGAAUGCCUCCCAAGACGUUGUUAAAAUUCUUGUAGGCAACAAAUGUGACAACUCUAACUUAAGAGUGGUUCAGCAAGAACAAGGAAGAAAGAUUGCUGAGAGUUGUGAUGUACCGUUCUUCGAAUGCAGUUGUAAAGAGGAUGUGAAUAUUGAUGAAAUAUUUUUAACAGUUGCUCGCAUGAUUAGGGAACAGAGAGAGAGACGGGCGAGUAAAUUUGACGAGAUAGAAAGGAUGCAGUGGGACAAAGCACACCUGACCCAGGAGAAGCCACAAGAAUCUUACAAAUGCAGUAGUUGUUGAUGAAACCGCCUUAAUUUUCGACAUUUCUGAUCAUAAUUACUCCAAUAUAGGCUCGAGCUUUUAAUUUUGAUUUCUUUGACCACAGCAAAAAAGGCGCCGAGAUAUUUGAUGUAAUGUUUCAGCAGUAUUAAUACUUAACAACUGCAAUACUUCCCCCUUUGAGGAAGAAGCUCGCUCACUUAUUUUUUUUUUUUUUUAAAGGAUGAUUGACCAAAAAUGCUUUCUAUGGAAUACUCUUCUUUUUUACAUUUCUAAAAAAGAAAAAUGAAUUUUUGUAUUGCAAUUUAUGCCUGUCCUUUCUCUUUUUAAGAAAGUGUUUUAGGUUAUUAACCCUCUGAACCGGAACCAUUUUUUUCGUAAUCAAAGCUGGCAACUUGUGCAGUCAUUGAGGAAUAUUUUUAAAAGUGGUUGUUAAAAUAAUCAUUGAAAUAAAAAGAUUUAUUAAAAAUUAAGCCACUUUGCUCAUUUUAGAUGCAUAAUUCCCUAACCGAUAGCAGAGCUACUAUUUAUGAAGGCAAUAUAUUAAAAAAUUAGAAAUAAUUAUCCUUCACUACCACCUAUUUUUAUAUAAAUUACAUAUUUAUUUCUUGCAAAAAUCCGCUUAAGUUAAUAUAUGUUAUUAGUAGUAAUAGUCGCAGAUACUAUUGCUUCGAAACGUAAGUUGAAAUUGAAAUAAUCUUGCAACCAGUAUUUUUUUUUAUCUUAGAUGCAAUCUUUAUGACGUACGAUUGAAAUAUUUUUUUGUAGCAGCAAUUAUUUUCCAAACCUAUAUAAACAUUAAUAUAUCUACCACUGAAAAAUAUUAGCUCAAUGACUAAAACAAAUCGACAGUUCUGAGUAAUUAAUUAAAAUGCUUCUGAAAAUAGGUGAAAAUUUUAUACUUUCAAAACAUUUGCUAAUUUUUGCAUCUAAAUAUCUCAUUUUUCAUAAAUUGUUCUUUAAAUUUUUAAAUUAUAUUUUGAUGAGUAAAAUGUGCUUAAGUAUA